AUGGACGUUCUCAAGACAAUGGGGAACCUCCUCCCCUACCACCUCCUCUCAUACGGCGCCCUGCUCGGGGCAGAAGUGUACCAGAGCUUCGUCAACACCAAAAUUUGCUACCAAGCCCUCCCAAUGCGCGAGUUCAUCACCCUAAACAAACGCAUCUUUCCCGUAUACUUCGGCUGCCAAGUCGGCCUCGCCGCGCUAACAGCCGCCACCCGACCACCGUUUAGCAUCGUAUCGCUGGUCCAGGAUGUAUGGAGCGUCGUGCCACUGGGUGUGGUGCUGGUGAUGGGAUCUUUGAACUGGUUCAUUUACGGGCCGAGAACUACGACCGCAUCGCUCGUUAGACGGUCGCUUCAUGAGAACAAGAAGAACUCGGCGGAUCCGGACGAAGGCAAAGUUCACCAGGCGAAUCGGGGGUUUGCAGUCAACCAUGCGAUGUCUAUUCAUGUCAAUGCCAUUGCGCUUGUGGCUACGGUUUGGUAUGGGUUUUCGCUGUCUGCUAGCAUUCUGAAUGGAUUCUAG